AGACUGCGAGAGGGUCGUAACCAUGAGGGGUUCCUGCGAGAGGUCUGGGGAGGAUGAAGAGCAGAAAGAAGAGGAGGCUAUAGCGGCCUGUGGGCGUCUUUCAGGGGUCCCCGAGGCCGUGCAGGGUGCCGAGGCCGAUUGGGACUCCGACUGGGAGAUGGAAGGCACCCAUGGGCUUGGAGAACUGGUCAGGGACACACUGUACCUGAGGUCUUGCCGGGCCCAUAGCGUUGUGCCCGUCUCCUGCUUUCUGCGCCAAGGGAGCACCCAAGAGCUGAACCUCCGGCACCGUGGCCUGGGGCCCCAGGGCGCCCGGGCUCUGGCUUCCUCGUUGAGCUCCAAUCCAUAUGUCAAGCGGCUGGACCUUCGAGACAAUGGGCUCUGUGGGGCGGGUGCAGAGGCCCUGGCAGGUGCCCUGAGCAAAAGCAGCAGCAUCCGUGCUGUGGACCUGUCGGAGAACCAGCUGGGAGUGGCAGGAGCCCAGGCCCUCUGUGCUGCUUUCACCAUCAACCGGGCCGUGCAGAAGAUACAGCUGUCAGGGAAUGGCCUGGAGGAGCAGGCGGCCCAGUACCUUGCUGAAAUCCUGCUGGCCCACACAGACCUGAAGUCCCUGGACCUGAGCUAUAACCAGCUGAAUGAGCAAGCAGGGGAGACACUCGGACCAGCCCUGGCAGAAAACACUGGACUCACCGAACUUAACGUGAGCUGGAAUCACCUCCGAGGCCCGGGAGCUGUGGCAUUUGCCAGGGGACUGGAGGCAAACAUCUUCCUGAAAGUUCUAGACAUCUCAUACAAUGGCUUUGGGGAUCCUGGAGCCUCUGCGGUGGGUGAGGCUCUCAAGGCCAACAACGUGUUGGAGGAACUCAACAUGAGCAACAACCGCAUCUCUGCGAUGGGAGCCCUGAGCCUGGGCCUGGGUCUCCGGGUCAACCAGACGCUGAGGAUUCUUGUAGUGUCCAGGAAUCCCAUGCGAAGUGAAGGCUGCUUUGGUCUCCUCAAGUCUGUCCAGGACAAUCCAGCCUCUGCCCUGGAACUGUUGGAUUUCUCAGAUAUCCAGGUGAACGCGGAGUUUGAUGGCCUUGCUAGCUCAGUGAGGGGAAUUCUUCCAGAGCUCUGCAUAAAGACUGGUGCUUGCAGAGUGGAGUAUAAAAAGGAGUUGCUGCCAGUCUUCAGACCAGCCCUGCCAGCGUCUGUCCCUAAGUGACCUUGGAGUGCGGCUUCCUCAUCUCCAAUCAGUUGCUUUGACCUCCAGGGUGAGAAGCUCUUUGACUCACGAGGCCUUGUUACCACUUGUGUCUGCACUGAGUCCCCACGUCAGCAGUGUGCUAAGUCCUGUGGAGCUGGCCUUCACGGUGCUCACACACCUGUACCCUCCACUGUGCCCCACGGACCCUGCACUCAUCUGGGCUUUCAUGUGCUCUCACUCAUUCAUGUCACACAAACCUCUACUAAGUACUGCACAUUGAGCUGGGCGUGGUAUCCAAGAUGCCCAAGCAAGUCCCUGCCCUCCCCAUGUUCAUGUUCUGGUGACCUCAGGAAACUAUUAAAAUAUAAGGAGGGGUGCACACUGUGCUUUUGAGAAUGCAAACGGGCACAUCCUUUUUGGAAGGCAAUUUAUCAUUAUGCACUGAGAGCCUCAAAACUGCCUGUGCCCUUUGAUACAAUUAUUUGACUAAUGUGCUCUAGAGAAAUAACCAGAGAUGCCUAAAUAAAAGAUUGGUGCCUAAAGAUGCUCAUGGGGCUGGGCACAGUGGCUCACACCUGUAAUCCCAGCACUUUGGGAGGCCAAGG